UCCGGGGAUGAGCUCGGGGGCGGCUGGGUGCGAGCUCCUGCCUCUGCGGCGAAGGCGACGGUGGCGGCAGCAGAGGCGGCGGCGAGGCCACCAUGGGUCGGCGGCGGGCCUCAGCCGCGGCCUCCACUUCUCCGCUCGCCGGCGGGAUGGCGCCCGGGCCUCGGAGAAGCCGCGUUAGCGGAGGCCUGCGGCCGCUCUGCUGAGACGAGCCCGCCAAACUCCCCUCCCCCUCCUCCGUCCUCGACCCCCCGCACCUCGCCCCUUCCCCACCCCCUCCUCCGUCUCGGUCCCCCGCGCCGCUCCGGACCACUAUGACCAUGAGAUCCGCAGUGUUCAAGGCGGCCGCGGCCCCUGCCGGCGGCAACCCCGAGCAGCGACUGGACUACGAGCGGGCUGCGGCGCUGGGCGGGCCGGAGGACGAGUCCGGGGCGGCCGAAGCCCACUUCCUCCCCCGGCAUCGUAAGCUCAAGGAGCCGGGGCCCCCGCUGGCCUCUUCCCAGGGCGGGAGCCCCGCGCCCUCUCCAGCCGGCUGCGGCGGCGGCAAGGGCCGGGGCUUGUUACUCCCGGCCGGGGCGGCCCCCGGGCAGCAGGAAGAGAGCUGGGGCGGUUCGGCGCCCUUGCCCUGUCCGCCCCCAGCUACCAAACAAGCCGGCAUCGGCGGGGAGCCAGUCGCAGCCGGCGCUGGCUGCAGCCCCCGGCCCAAGUAUCAGGCGGUGCUGCCCAUUCAGACGGGCUCUCUCGUGGCAGCGGCCAAAGAGCCUACGCCCUGGGCUGGGGACAAGGGUGGGGCGGCUCCCCCAGCUGCCACCGCUUCGGACCCGGCGGGACCCCCACCACUACCUCUGCCCGGGCCGCCACCCCUCGCGCCCACCGCCACUGCCGGGACCCUGGCGGCCAGUGAGGGCAGAUGGAAGAGUAUAAGGAAGAGCCCUCUCGGGGGUGGCGGCGGCUCAGGAGCCUCCAGUCAGGCCGCCUGCCUCAAACAGAUUCUUCUGCUGCAAUUGGACCUCAUCGAACAGCAGCAGCAGCAGUUGCAGGCCAAGGAAAAGGAGAUCGAGGAGCUGAAGUCCGAGAGAGACACGCUCCUUGCUCGGAUUGAACGUAUGGAAAGGCGGAUGCAGCUGGUAAGGAGGGAUAACGAGAAGGAAAGGCACAAGCUGUUUCAGGGCUAUGAAACUGAAGAGAGAGAGGAAACAGAGUUGUCUGAGAAAAUUAAACUGGAGCGCCAGCCGGAGCUUUGCGAGACAUCCCAGGCUCUGCCUUCUAAGCCUUUCUCAUGUGGCCGGAGUGGAAAGGGACACAAAAGGAAAACCCCAUUUGGAAAUACAGAAAGAAAGACUCCUGUUAAAAAGCUGGCUCCUGAAUUUUCAAAAGUCAAAACAAAAACUCCUAAGCACUCUCCCGUUAAAGAGGAACCCUGUGGUUCCAUAUCAGAGACUGUUUGUAAACGUGAAUUGAGGAGCCAAGAAACCCCAGAAAAGCCCCGGUCUUCAGUGGAUACCCCACCAAGACUCUCCACUCCCCAAAAGGGACCCAGCGCCCACCCCAAGGAGAAAGCUUUCUCAAGUGAGAUGGAAGAUUUGCCGUACCUUUCCACCACAGAAAUGUAUUUGUGUCGUUGGCACCAGCCUCCCCCAUCACCGUUACCAUUACGGGAAUCCUCUCCAAAGAAGGAGGAGACUGUAGCAAGGUGUCUGAUGCCAUCAAGUGUUGCAGGAGAAACUUCAGUCUUGGCUGUUCCUUCUUGGAGGGACCACUCAGUAGAGCCUCUAAGGGACCCAAAUCCUUCAGACAUUUUGGAGAAUCUGGAUGACAGUGUAUUUUCAAAGAGGCAUGCGAAACUGGAGCUGGACGAGAAGAGGAGAAAACGAUGGGAUAUUCAGAGGAUCAGGGAACAAAGAAUUUUACAGCGACUGCAGCUCAGAAUGUAUAAAAAGAAAGGAAUUCAGGAAUCUGAGCCUGAGGUUACCUCAUUUUUCCCUGAGCCAGAUGAUGUUGAAAGUUUGAUGAUUACCCCCUUCUUGCCUGUUGUAGCAUUUGGACGGCCAUUACCAAAAUUAACUCCACAGAACUUUGAACUACCCUGGUUGGAUGAGCGAAGCCGUUGCAGGUUGGAGAUCCAGAAGAAGCAAACACCUCACCGGACUUGUAGGAAGUAGCUGUGCUGGCAAUAGCCUGUCUUCAGAUAGUUGUAGCAUGCUGUUCCGAGAGAAUAGCAGAGACCUGUGUGUGUGACCCUUGUCCUUGUGUAUGUUAUCAUUCACUGGUAAUGCCUUUCCAUACUCCCUUUACAUUAGUUUUGUUUUCUUUACUCUGAUUUCACAAACAAAAGAAACCUCUUGCUUUGGGCUAAUUGUGAAUUAUGGAGUUAUUGAAAUGUCUUUUCCCGUUUUGGGGACUGAGCUCUUGAGCUCAUCUUAUAGGAUGGUAGACUUGGGAGUUUCAGGAGCCACUUCUACUCACUACCUACCUAAAAGGGGUACAGGGUUCCUCAUUAGCCAUGUCUAAGGUAGAACAACCCUUCCUGCAGGAGCUGUGGCUGCCCUGACCUUGCUUCCCUGGUGCGCCUCCUUCUGACUAGUGUGGGUGUAGUAGGUUUCACACUAAAAUAAAACGGAAAGACCUUACAUGAGCUUUAGGCCCGAGGAAUAACAUGAAGUGAUGAAAGCAAGACAUUCCUCAUAGAGGAAGAAACUGCAGAAUUUUGUCUGAAAAUUUGUUCUCUUUUAAACUGUUCUGUGACAAUGGCAUGUGGAAAGAGACAUGUGCUGGUUCCCUUUCUUAGUUGAUGGGUAACUGAUGUUUCUUCCCACCCCCAACAAAGAAAAUGUUUAGAAAAGAGAUUGGGGGUGUAAGUAUCCACUAGUUAACAGUGCUAAACCGAUGCAACUGUCAUUUGGGGAUGGUGUGCCAGAGUCUGUAGAGAUAGAUGUCUCUGUGUCCUGUCACUUCUCAAGUAUUCCUUAGUGGGGCUUCAUCCUAUUAGCCAAACCUUUGGUGGUGAGGUAGAAAUUUGGGGCGGGGGGAGUGGGGUAGGGUAUGGAAGGAUGUGCUUCCUCUGGCUGGCAGAUGUCUACAUCUUGAAACAAACAGUUGUACCUAAUGGACUUUAUUCGUUUAGUGAAAAUAGAUUUAUACAUGUACCAUCUUGUUUCCCAUCUACUGCCCUUGUUUUGUUACCAGAAAAAAACAAAAAAGAAAAAAGAAAAAAAAAAAAAAUCAGGACAGCACUCCCAGGCCACUUUGGUCUCAGUGUAAGAUCCCUGUCAACUCUCUGGAAGAAGAAUGGAGCCGAGGCCUGUAGGCUUCUGUAUAGGAAUUGCCUUUCGCUAGCCUUCAGGACUAUUGUAUGAAAACAAGUAGGGGUCUAAUCUCUAGAAGGGUAGGGCUCUUAUCCUUGGAGAACAUGUCCCCGGAUUAUUAGCACUUUUAGAGGAGAAGCCAAGGUAUGUAGGGUGUGUGGUUGGCCCGUCUGCUGAGCAUGAGAGAAUGGCAUUGCCACUUUGGGAAGAGAAGUUCCUCAGGGGCCUCCCACUGCUAACACUUUUUUGAGAUGAUCUCUGUGCUCCCUGGGUUUGACUUUGAAAGGAAUUACUCCAGCAGUCAUGUAGUGUUCUUGGAUGAUCUUGCUGCUCUUAAUUCUCCUUUGUGUGUGUUUGUGUGUGGCUCUGGGUUUUCACUUGUAACUCCAUCUGCUUAGGAGCAUGGUCUCUCUGUGACGGAAGCUGCCUAAACUUGAGCGCAGCCAGGAUGUAGAGAGAAAGGACUUCCUCCACUAGGGGCUCUCAUCUCACACCUAAAGGAUGAGGAUUUAUCUAGAAAUGUUGGGCCAGAUUUUUUUUUUUAAUGUGGCCAGCUGUUGUGCUCCUACUCUGACCUGUGUUAUGUUUCUUUAUAACAUGCUCCUCAAAAAUAAUAACCUCAAUCAGUUGUCUCUUUACUUCGUUUCUUGAUCCCUCUCAGUUUCUUCUUGACAAGAGAUUUGUCAGAUUCCUAAUUUGGGUAUGGGUUAACAGACUUAACCGCCAGGUUUCUGCCCUACACAGAGGAGUCCUCAGAUCCUGUUUUUGCUAGACUGAGAGGAAUCCAUGAGGUGCUAUCUGGCAGGACUGAGGUGGAUUCUGUUGCUUUGGUUCUCCUUUCCCUGAGGACCUACUAUUGGAUUCUGUCCUCUCCUAGAUCUCCUUUGGUUUGGGGAUGCUGAGGUUUGUUGAGAAGGAGGUUGGAGCAAAGUACAGUGUGUGAAGAGUGUGGGGAAUUAAUCUUAUUUUCCCCUACAUGGGAUAUAGCACUGUGAAAUUCAGUCUUCAACAGAAAGAGAGGCCCUGCAGUUCUCCUAAAACAUAGUUUCUUAUUCUUUCUUUAACAAAGUUUAAGCUAGUGUUAAUAAAUUAAAAGAGAAAUUGCUUGUCUCUCCACCUCAGCUUUGUUUUAUGCCCGUUUCAUAUCGUUGUCUGUGCUGUAAUUCAUACUUUUGAUACCAUUUCUGAUGUGUAAAGUCGGCUGUCUUGUAAAUAUCUUAUAAAGAGUUCAAUUGUAAAUAAACUAUUGUGGCCGUUAA